GUAUGGAGACUGAGUCCAAGUAAGAGCAAACCGUAGAUGGAUAAAGAGUGACUCUAUCAAAGGACACGAGAACAAAGAAGUUUCAGCCAGCUUCACCAAGUGAUCGCCUUGACGCUUGGAGAACAAGAAGCUCUGUAGGUACUCAAGGAAUCGCUGUAGAUGAUGGAGUGGUAUGUUUUGGUGUUGAUGCUGAGCUUGCCAAGCUUGAGUCAGGCAGAUUGUUCAGCGCAAUGCAUGAGAUGCGCGCAACAGAUCUCCGACCUGGACUCUGCAGUGAACCGCUUGACUUGCACUUUAGAAUGUGAAGGAGCCGUGUCAUCUACAAGUACAUUAGACAGAUGCGAGAAAGCUUUACAGGAGCUUUCAGAUGAAUUCGCUGAACUCAACCCCGACGCCGACGGAGAGCGAAGCGCGCUGAACGCGGAGGAUCUCCAAGAGAAGGCGUCCAACCUGGUCAAACGAUACGGGGGCUUCAUCAAGAGGAUCGAGAAGAACAAACAGAAGUUUUUCGCUUCACCCUGGAAGGAGAACGCCAUUCUAAAAGGAUUGUUCACGAAGAAAUACGGAGAAUCGCUCUCGAAACUGGGCGAGCGAGACGUCCCGUCGAUCACGGAAGACGACGAGGGCGAAGACGUGACCGCGGAAAACGAAACGGGAGUUUACGAUAACGACGUUCCUUUAAACGAAGUCAAACGCUACGGCGGGUUUCUCCGCAAAUUCGGGCCAAAAAGAAGCAACUUUGUGGAAAACACCAGCCCGCAGGUGCAGAAGAGAUACGGAGGGUUUAUGCGAAGAAUUCGCCCGAAGUUGAGGUGGGACAACCAAAAGCGAUAUGGCGGGUUUUUACGGCGUCAUUUUAAAAUCUCCGUGCGCUCUGACGAACAGCCCUCAUCGUACGAGGACUAUGCUUUAUAGGCUAUUGUAUCAUAGAUAACCCAACCAGAACUCAUUGAGCCAACGCAUUUCAGUUUCCCCCACUAAUGUGACCCUGGAGCAUUAAACCAGUCAUGAGUAGCAAGGGUAUAUUUAUAGCAAUAGCCAUAAACC